AGAUGAACGCGCGCGCACACAAACACAAACACACAUCCCAUUGCCUUGUCAGCUAACCCCCUCUAGUGCCGAGCAUCCUGCACAGAUGCGCGCAGUCCCGCAGCAUCGCCUCCACUGUUGCUGCUGUUCCGCUUGCAUCCCAAUCAUUCCUCUGUUCACCUUCCACCAUCGCUCUGCAGCAGCGGACCGAGCUGGAGCCGCAGCCGCAGCCGGAGCUGGCAGUCAGUCCGCGGCGCCAAACACACGGUGUUUCCAGUCUGUCACGACUCUACGCGCUUUAAACUGCGUUUUAAUGCCCAUUUCGAAACACUAAAGAGGGUGGAGGGUGAAGUCCGUUUAGAAUCUGCAAAGUUUUUUUUGUUGUUGUUUUGUUUUAUUAGCGAAGUGUCUUACUUCAAAUAUUUUUGGGACUUUAUCCAAAAGCUGUCCGUUUAGCGACGGAGCUGCGGCAGCCGCCAGGUGAAAAGGAUGAGCCACCUCUUGUUCCACCGCACGGCCGCUCGCUCCACACGGGAUCAAUUAUAAGGACCAGAACUAGUGGACCUAAACGGAGCCAGAGCGCUUCAUCGCUGAUCUAACAAGAAGUAAAGCCGCUGGUAAAUACUGCCGCAGACAUGACUUUUGGAAACAGAUUCUUCGUUUCACUCUUUCUUGGAAUUACGAUCAGUCGCUUCAGCCGCUGCAAUCAAGUGGUGUUGCUGGAUACAACGUCUGUGCUUGGAGAGCUGGGAUGGAAGACGUAUCCAAUAAAUGGGUGGGACGCCAUUACGGAGAUGGACGAACACAAUCGACCCAUCCAUACUUUCCAGGUUUGCAAUGUGAUGGAACCUAAUCAGAACAACUGGCUUCGCUCCAACUGGAUUUCUCGACAGGCGGCCCAAAAGAUCUACGUGGAGCUUCGCUUCACCUUGCGCGACUGCAACUCCAUCCCCUGGGUUUCUGGCACCUGCAAGGAGACAUUCAACCUCUUCUACCAUGAGAUGGACGAAGCCCACGGUGUCAAAUUUAAGCCCAGCCAGUACACCAAGAUCGACACCAUUGCUGCUGAUGAAAGCUUCACUCAGAUGGAUCUGGGAGAUCGUAUUCUCAAGCUCAACACGGAGGUGCGGGAGGUGGGACCCAUGACCAAAAAAGGCUUUUAUCUGGCUUUCCAGGACAUCGGCGCCUGCAUUGCAUUGGUUUCGGUGAGAGUUUACUACAAGAAAUGCCCAUUCACGUUGAUGAACUUGGCCUCGUUUCCAGACACAGUCCCUCGUGUGGACUCUUCCUCGUUGGUGGAGGUGAGGGGAGCAUGCAUUGAUCAUGCUGAAGAAAGAGACACACCCAAACUGUUUUGUGGAGCAGACGGAGACUGGUUGGUCCCCCUGGGAAGAUGUGUGUGCAGCGUCGGGUAUGAGGAGAUUGAUGGCUCAUGUGUUGCAUGCCAUCCUGGGUUCUACAAGGCGUAUGCAGGAAACAUCAAGUGUUCAAAGUGUCCUCCACACAGUUUCAGCUAUGGAGAAGGAGCCUCCAUCUGCCGCUGCGAAAAAGGCUUCUUCAGAGCUGAGAAAGAUCCAUCAACGAUGGCAUGCACACGCCCUCCAUCUCCUCCUCGCAACCCGAUGUUUAACAUGAAUGACACCUGCCUGAUGCUGGAGUGGUCGCCUCCCAGCGACACUGGGGGUCGCCGGGAUCUCACGUACAACGUCCAGUGCAAACGCUGUGGCCCCGGACCCAACCAGUGCCAGCUCUGUGAGGACGAGCUUCGCUUCCUGCCGAGGCCUUUGGGCCUGACCAAUGCCACUGUAACCGUCACAGACUUCUCAUCGCACGCCAACUACACCUUUGAGAUUGAGUCACUAAACGGCGUGUCAGAGAUGAGCACCUUCCCCCGGCAGGUGGCCAUCAUCACCGUCAGCACUGACCAGGGGGGUCCAUCUCUGGUGGGAGCUGUAAAGAAGGACUGGGCUUCUCCAAACGGCAUCGCUCUCUCCUGGCAGCAGCCCGAAGAAACAACACUUCCCAUCAUUGACUAUGAAGUCAAAUAUUAUGAAAAGGAACAAGAGCAGUUGAGCUACUCGUCAACACGCACCAGAGCUCCCAGUGUGAUCGUCUCGGGUUUGAAACCAGCAACCUGCUACAUCUUCAGCGUUCGCACCCGGACAGCCGGUGGAUUCAGCUCCUACUCACCAAAAUAUGAAUACCAAACUACAGGUGACUCUUCAGACAUCGCUUCUGAUCAGGGCCAGGUGUUGGUCAUUGUAACGGCAGCAGUCGGUGGUUUCACCCUUCUCAUCAUCCUCACGCUCUUCCUCCUCAUCACUGGAAGGUGCCAGUGGUACUUCAAGGCCAAGAUGACCUCAGAGGACAAAAGACGGACCGACUAUCAGAACGGACACGUCCCUUUUCCAGGAAUAAAGACGUAUGUGGACCCCGACACAUACGAGGAUCCCACACAGGCCGUCCACGAAUUCACUAAAGAAAUCGACCCGUCCAGGAUCCGCAUUGAGAGGGUGAUCGGAGCAGGUGAAUUUGGCGAAGUGUGCAGCGGCCGCUUGAGAACGCCGGGCAAAAAGGAGAUUGCGGUGGCAAUAAAGACGCUGAAAGGAGGCUACGUAGAACGUCAACGGCGGGACUUCCUGCGGGAGGCGUCGAUCAUGGGCCAGUUUGACCAUCCCAACAUCAUCAGACUGGAAGGAGUGGUCACAAAAAGCAGGCCUGUGAUGAUCGUAGUGGAGUACAUGGAAAAUGGAUCGCUGGACUCGUUUCUUAGACAACACGACGGUCACUUCACAGUCAUCCAGCUGGUCGGCAUGCUGCGUGGCAUCGCCGCGGGCAUGAAGUAUCUGUCAGACAUGGGCUACGUUCACCGAGACCUGGCAGCCAGAAACAUCCUGGUCAACAGCAAUCUGGUGUGCAAAGUGUCAGACUUCGGCCUGUCCCGAGUGCUGGAGGACGACCCCGAGGCUGCGUACACCACAACGGGGGGUAAGAUCCCGAUCCGAUGGACGGCUCCAGAGGCCAUUGCAUACAGAAAGUUUUCCUCGGCCAGCGAUGCGUGGAGUUACGGCAUAGUCAUGUGGGAGGUGAUGUCCUAUGGAGAGCGGCCGUACUGGGAGAUGUCCAAUCAGGAUGUGAUUCUGUCCAUUGAAGAAGGCUAUCGGCUGCCGGCACCGAUGGGCUGCCCUGUUGCCCUGCACCAGCUGAUGCUACACUGCUGGCAGAAAGAGAGGAAUCAUCGACCGAAGUUCGUGGAUAUCGUUUCCUUCCUGGAUAAACUAAUUCGUAACCCCAGCAGCCUGCUGCCGCUGGUAGAGGACCUCCAGAGUCUACCAGAAUCCCCGGCGGAGGACAUGGAUUACCCAAUGUUCAUCUCUGUUGGCGACUGGCUGGAUUCUAUAAAGAUGAGUCAGUACAAAAGCAAUUUUAUGGCAGCAGGCUUCAACACAUUGGAUUCUGUGGCGAGGAUGAGUAUCGAAGAUGUGAGGCGUAUUGGAGUGGAGCUGAUCGGCCACCAGAGGCGGAUCAUCAGCAGCAUACAGACCCUUCAGUUUCAGCUGCUGCACGAACAGGAGAAGGGCUUCCAUGUAUGAGGACGCCCGUUUUUGUUGCAGCCUGGGACGGACAGGUAGUCGAGACAGGAGGAAGUGAAGUCUAGCCCAGCCGAGGGACGGUCUACAGCCUGUGCCUGAGUGUCGAGUCCUCAUCUCAUGCAGGACGUCAUUGAAAGGACUAUUCCAGCGUAAAUCUUCCUGGUCUCCUACUCUUCCCUUUGGACUUUUUUUCUACUGAACACCCCUCACGUCGUACGCCUGGUUCUGCCAGACUACUCCGGCCUGAUUGACUCCACAGACUGGCCCAGGCCCUCACUUAGGGGAAUGUAAUGCCUUGUUGCAACAGCCGUACUUUUUGUGUGUGGAGCAACAAUACUAGAAAUGUAGAUUUGCAAAUGUAAUCUACCGAAUCUUUGGACUUUGUUUUCUUUUCCUUGCUCAUGUAGCUGCUAUCGGGUGUGCAAUCUAUCUGUUUUUGUCCUUUGAAAAGAGAAAUAACCUCAGUAUUUUUUAGUUUAGAGUUUUAUUAUUUAAUAUAAAGGUUUAUUUGGAUUGUUUUAGUUACCUGAUGUCCAGAGAAUCUGGUACACUAAUACUUGAAGGAAGAAGUGAAAAGUAAGUUAUAGAGAUUUACUGAAUGUUUAAAAGUGUAUAGACAGUUAAUUAUUAUUAUAACCUAAUAUCAAUAUAUGUGCAGUUGUGUAUGUGAAAGCCCUAGUAAAUCUGGAACUUAUUUAAAUGUUUUUUUUAUUUAAAAGAUUUUUUUUUUUUUUAUCAAAAUCAGCAAUACAGUAUUAUGCAGUCACCUCAGCAUCUCCGUGGGAGAUGAAUCAUGAAACGACAGACUUCCACCGGUUCCUAAUGUCUUGCAGAAAAAUCACCCUGCAGGUCUGACGGUUUUUAGCAACCAGUGUAGACACAGUCGUGUGAUCAACUUUACUUGGUUUUGUUUCACUUUUGAUUGUGAAUGUUAAACAUUGCCUGAAAAACUCCACAAACUCCACUGUCUUACUAUAUGAAUGUUCACAGAGUUUAGAUAUUUCCAGUUGUUUUUUCUUUAUCUGGAGAGCUAACACGGACUCGCACGGUUCUUCCUGUCGCAUCAUGUCGUUUUGCCUCAACACACACACACUCAAACACAGCAAAAAACCUACAAAAUUCCCUAUGUUUGAUUUGAGUUCUACAACUAACUCGGCUUGUGAGGACAGAGGAAACAGACAAUUUCUGGUAGAUUUAAACAAACGCUUGUGCUUUACUUUGUGGUCAUGUGAAGAUUGUAGCAAUUGUGGCAGUAAGCUUAGUCCGAUAUGAAGUGGGAAUAGAUAUGUUGGCAGAGAAUAACUAAUAUUACGAUUGUUUGGCCAAGGAGAAAGAGAAACGCGCAACAUAAGCAGCAGCAUCAUAAUUCAUCUUGUGUCAUUUAAACAUGAGCAGAAACACACAAACACACACAGAAUGCCUUACAGUCUGUUAGCCAUGCAAGCCAGAAACACUUUAUAGAAGCUCACAAGUUUCAGUGCAGUCACAGGACCUAGUUUUGUUUUUCUUUGAAUCGUAUGAAAUUAAUUAUCUGCAGCUUUUAUAACUCACAGAUUAAACCCAACUGGAUCUGGAGAUGUGUGCCUUUUGGGUCACAGCGAGGUCGGUCAUGCACACACACACACACACACACACACACACACACACACACACACACACACACACACACUCAAACGCCCACCCCUCUACAUGACUUCUGAGAUUAUCAGAUGCUGUUUGUUUAGCAUGUUCUACUGCUGAGCAAUGUUAGAACGUUCUUUUGUACAAAGUACAAGUAUACUUAUUAUAAUUCUUGUAUUUUAUUUUUCUAUCAUUUCCAAAGAGAUGUUGUAGAUCUUGCACACUGUAAGAGGCAGUUACAGCGGAUAUUUAUUUGCAAAUAAAGAUGAACGGUUCUGGUGGC